CAAAGUUCGUUGCAAAUAUUUAAAAACAAUUAGGUAAUGAGUAGCAGUCACAUGUUACUUUUGGCAUAGGAAAAAAUAAUUGAAUCACAGUCAGUUUAGUUAAAAAAAAAUUCAGGCUUUAUUUAUUGAUUUAUUAACUAGGUACCUAAAUUAAUAUAGUGACCAGUAAAGCCUCAAAAUAAAACGAAUGAAAAUAAAUUUCUUGACGCAAAGCAAGACUGUCACGCAAUAUUUUAUUUUUAGUGACGACUCAUUGAAAGUAUUUACUUUACUGCAGUGAAAAAUUUUCGAAACCAUAUUUUUGCGUAAAACGCUUCGCUUUUACUAGUUUUAAUAAAGGCCACGUGUUCGUUGAUUUGCGAUAAUAAAUUUGCAUGUGGAAUAUUAUCCGUAAAUAUGUAGGUUUGAGUAAACUAUACCUAGUGGUGUCAUUAAAAGGCAGACAAUAGCACGGUGCUUGAUACAUAGAAGUAAUAAAUUGAAACGUCCUUGUCACAAUUAUCAUUUAUAAUAUAUCGCAAUGUGAAUCAGUUCAGAAUGGACGAUUUAAACAGAUAAAGUACAGCGAACCGGGAUGUGACAUGCUUGAACUUUUGGUGGUUUCUUCAAGGUGCCAAUUUGGAGCGUGAUAAUAUGAUACCAAAGGAAAUGCUCAUUAGACGCCUACGAGUAGCUGUGGCUGUCUUCGCCCGCACUGUCAUGCCAGCAGUCCUAAAAAUCUACUACUUGUACCUAAGAAACCAACAAAUCGUAGUAGACAAAGUCCGACACCGCCUUCUUCCAACACUAGUAGCCUUCCUAGCCAACAGUCUCUCAAGUUCUUUAGCAUCAGUCCAGAAACGCAUCACUUUCCCGCUCAACCGUCGUGCCAUCAAAGACAUACAAAAAGACCUCAAUCCAGUUAACGAAGACGUCACCAACACCAUCCCCGAAGAAAGCGUUGAAUGUCAAGUCCUAUUCGCCCCAAAAGAAGAAAUCCUAGCCGAUGUUAUCUUCAUCCACGGUCUUCAUGGAGGCAUCGAUAAGACAUGGAAGCAAGGCCAAUGGCGACACGACGGUCACAAACUCAAAGACCAAUCACCCGUCCGGAGUCAAUCAACGGGGAAUUUAUACGUUCCACCCAGAAAACAUUCUUUGAAACGUACUUUCAGUGAUAUUUACGCCAACAGGCCGCAGGUGAAGAUUGCGAGGAAGGAAAAUGAGGUAUGCGUGACGCGCGAAGAGGAAUGGGAAGUUAUCGAAGACGAGGAUGUGGGUGACGAUGGGUGUUAUUCGAACUGUUGGCCGCAGGACUGGUUGCCGAAGGAUUGUCCAGGAGUGAGGGUGAUUGCUUUGAAUUAUACCACGGAUGUGUUGUGGUGUCCAGUUUGGAAGAAAAAGAGACUAAGGACUGACAUGGUCGAAAGGAGCGACGAAAUGAUCGAGGAACUUUGCAAAUUAGGGGUAGGAAAAAAGCCAGUUAUUUGGGUUGGACACUCGAAAGGAGGUCUCUUCAUUAAACAAAUCAUAAUGAAUGCAUGGGAGCGGCACAGAGAAUGUCCCGAAAAAUUCGGAAUCUUUCAAAAUAGCAAAGGGAUCAUGUUUUAUAGCGUGCCCCACAAAGGAUCAGUUUUAGCAGAUUUCACUUUGCCGCUUCUUAGGCGAAGUGUUGAACUAAUAGAAAUACAAAGAAACUGUGAUUUCGUACUAGAUCUGCACAAGCGAUUUUUAGAACUAUGCAAGCAAGGCCAUUUAGAAGCUGACAUUUUUAGUUUUAUUGAAACUUCGUUUACAUUAAUGUCGUUUGUUUAUUUAAAAAUUGUCGCAUACGAAUCGGCAGACCCCGACAUUGGGAUAAAAUGUGACGUGCCUUUAGACCACAGAGAAAUAUGCAAACCCGCAGGCCGGGACUGUUUCCUUUAUUUGGAAUUAAUCAAAUUAAUAAAAAAACACAGUUUAAGUGAAAUAAAUGAAAACUUUUAGGUCAAUUACGUAAACAAAUGUGAUGCUACUCUAAGUAUUUUAGAUAAAUAUGUAAUUAGGUACAUUUAAUUUUUAAUUCUCAGGUUUUCGCCUAUUUAUCAUUCCUGGUUGUCAGUAUUCUUUCUUGUAUUCCUUUGUGUUCAUAUUAUUUUAAAUCUCAACAAUUUGUGCUGCUACCAAAGUUUUAGUUAAUUGAUACUUUACGUAGACUUACAAAAGAAGCAAAUCUUUUAAAGUGUCAUAAGCAAUAGUUAGUAUUUGAAUCAGAAAAUAUACAAAUUAUUGAUACA